GCGACGUGUUGCUCUGUGUGGCUCCCAGGCCCGAAUGCGGCUGGGCCGGGGUCGGCUCUUGCGCUCGGUCAGGCGAAGGGGCCUCAUGUAAGGGAGCCGGAGGCGGGCCGAGGAGAGGAAGAUGACCUCGAGGAGAUGGUUUCACCCAAACAUCACUGGCGUGGAGGCAGAGAACCUGCUCCUGACACGUGGCGUCGACGGCAGCUUCCUGGCCAGGCCUAGCAAAAGCAACCCAGGAGACUUCCCUCUUUCCGUUCGGCGGAAUGGAGCCGUCACUCACAUCAAGAUCCAGAAUACGGGCGACUACUAUGACCUCUACGGAGGGGAGAAGUUUGCCACCUUGGCGGAGCUGGUCCAGUACUACAUGGAGCAUCACGGGCAGCUCAAAGAGAAAAAUGGGGAUGUGAUCGAACUCAAGUACCCGCUCAACUGCGCCGACCCCACGUCGGAAAGGUGGUUCCACGGGCACCUUUCUGGGAAAGAAGCAGAGAAGCUGUUAACGGAAAAAGGGAAACACGGGAGCUUCCUCGUCCGCGAGAGCCAGAGCCAUCCCGGAGACUUUGUCCUUUCUGUCCGGACGGGGGACGAUAAAGGAGAGAGCAAUGACGGGAAGUCGAAAGUGACACAUGUCAUGAUCCGGUGCCAGGACCUGAAGUACGACGUCGGAGGCGGGGAGAAGUUUGAUUCCUUGACGGACCUCGUCGAGCAUUACAAGAAGAACCCCAUGGUGGAGACCCUGGGGACGGUCCUUCAGCUGAAGCAGCCCCUCAAUACCACCCGCAUCAAUGCAGCAGAAAUUGAGAGCCGAGUUCGAGAACUGAGCAAGCUCGCAGAGACCACCGACAAAGUCAAGCAAGGAUUCUGGGAAGAAUUUGAGACUCUGCAGCAGCAAGAAUGCAAACUCCUGUACAGUCGCAAAGAGGGACAGCGGCAAGAGAAUAAGAACAAGAACAGAUACAAGAACAUCCUGCCCUUUGACCACACCCGAGUCGUCCUACAUGAUGGCGAUCCAAAUGAGCCUGUUUCUGAUUACAUAAACGCCAAUAUUAUCAUGACCUCUGUCCGACGCGGAAGUGUCCUGAGUUGGGGACGCACCCUGGUAGAACAACCCGCUGACGGCGCUUGCUCUGAUUUGCAGCCUGAGUUUGAAACCAAAUGCAACAACGCGAAACCCAAGAAGAGCUACAUCGCCACCCAGGGCUGCUUGCAGAACACUGUGAAUGACUUCUGGAGGAUGGUGUUCCAGGAGAACUCCCGCGUGAUCGUCAUGACCACAAAGGAAGUGGAGAGGGGAAGGAGCAAGUGUGUGAAAUACUGGCCGGAUGAGCACGCACUAAAGGAAUACGGCGUUAUGCGCGUCAGGAAUGUCAAAGAGAGCGCUGCUCACGAUUACACGUUACGAGAACUGAAACUUUCAAAGGUUGGGCAAGGCAACACCGAGCGGACAGUCUGGCAGUACCACUUCCGGACCUGGCCGGACCACGGAGUGCCCAGCGACCCCGGCGGGGUUCUGGAUUUCCUCGAGGAGGUCCACCACAAGCAAGAGAGCAUCGCGGAGUCCGGCCCGGUCGUGGUCCACUGCAGCGCUGGGAUUGGUCGCACCGGGACAUUCAUCGUGAUAGACAUCCUCAUCGACAUCAUCAGAGAGAAAGGCGUGGACUGUGACAUUGACGUUCCAAAGACCAUCCAGAUGGUGAGGUCCCAGCGGUCUGGUAUGGUGCAGACCGAGGCCCAGUACCGGUUUAUUUACAUGGCGGUCCAGCACUACAUCGAAACGCUACAGCGCAGGAUCGAGGAGGAGCAGAAGAGUAAGAGAAAAGGACACGAGUACACCAACAUUAAGUAUUCUUUAGUGGACCAGGCAAGCGGAGACCAGAGCCCUCUCCCGCCCUGCACUCCCACGCCAACCUGUCCUGAGAUGCGAGAAGAUAACGCCAUGAGAGUGUAUGAAAACGUCGGCCUGAUGCAACAGCAGAAGAGCUUCAGAUGAUGAGACCGCCGUGGGAGGAGAGGUCCUGGCGAGGAAGAACUGAAAUUGCUGUUUUUUAAUGAGAAGACGAAGGAAGGCGUCUUGGAAGAAAUCCUGCAAGGAAGUGGACUUUGACCGCUGCAUAGAGCCUUUUUUAAUUUAUGGUGUUUUUUUAACCCUCCAAGAACGAGCAAGACCGUCUUUCCAAGGAAAUCCCGAUGCCUUUUCUGAAACAUCUUGAUUUCUACAAUUGCUGAUGUUUUGUUUCCAGUUUUCGGUGGAUCCCAGAGAUCCAUUCUGCCAAUGGUGGCACUUUCCUCCUGGGUCCUCUGUCACGAGGUCCUCUUGCUCGGGGUGGGGGGUGGGGAGGGAGCGGCGCCGUUCGCACAACAGAUUCACGGAAUCCACUCUUAAGGUUCUCUUUGUCUCUGAUGCAGACCAAUAUACUCUGUUGUACUUGAAAGGUGUUUCCCCCCCCCUUCCUGGAUUUAGACAUUUGAAAGCUGUUUCAAAUUAGAUUUCUUUUCUUUUUUAAACAAAAAAUCUAUUUCUUACCCUUUUAAAAAAAAACGGAGUGUUAGGUCAGUAUCAAUAUUAAUGAAAUUGGGGAGAGAAGGCAGUUACACUACUCAGAGGCUCGGUCCUGAUUUUG